GGGCCAGGAAGCAGGAGAGGCGGCUGGAGGGCUGUGGGUGACGCGGAGGAUCCCGCGAUCCUUUGCAUUUGCAAGCCGGGCCCCACACUUUUGCAUUUGCAAGCCGGACUCCAGCUUGACAGGAGCCGCAGGUCUUCCUUCCCAUGGCCCUGAGAGCCCCCACUGCCGUCCGGAGGCUGCUGCAAGUCAGCCGCACCUGUAUGCCAGGCUCCUGGGAUGCCAAGGCACAGAGCACUAGCGCCCCUGCCCCCAAAGGAAAUGAAGCAAAGGCCUCUGGGAAAACAGCCAAAGGUGCCCACUUUGACUGGCAAGAUGCCCUUCUGCUGGACAGGCUCCUCACCAGGGAAGAGGUCAUGAUCCGGGACUCCUUCCGCACAUACUGCCAGGAAAAGCUGAUGCCCCGGAUCCUCCUGGCCAAUCGGAAUGAGGUCUUUCACCGGGAAAUCGUGUCCGAAAUGGGAGCCCUGGGCGUCCUGGGCCCAACCAUCAAAGGUUACGGCUGCGCAGGGACCACCUACGUUGCCUACGGGCUCCUGGCGAGGGAGAUUGAGCGGGUGGACAGCAGCUACCGGUCGGUCAUGAGCGUUCAGUCGUCUUUGGUGAUGCACCCAAUAUAUGCCUAUGGGACAGAGGAGCAGAAGCAGAAAUAUUUGCCCCGCUUGGCAAAAGGGGAAUUGCUGGGCUGUUUUGGGCUCACAGAGCCCAACCAUGGGAGCGAUCCUGGCGGCAUGGAGACGCGGGCCCGAUACAACCCCUCCAGCAAGACCUACACACUCAAUGGCACCAAAACCUGGAUCACGAAUUCUCCGGAGGCCGACCUGUGUGUGAUGUGGGCCGUGUGUGAGGACGGCAAAGUGCGGGGCUUCCUCUUGGAGCGUGGCAUGAAAGGGCUGUCCACCCCGAAGAUCGAGGGCAAAUUUUCCCUGCGGGCUUCCAUCACGGGGAUGAUCGUCAUGGAGGACGUGGAGGUCCCCGAGGAGAACCUGCUGCCCCACGUCUCUGGACUCGCUGGUCCCUUUGGGUGCUUGAACAACGCUCGCUAUGGGAUCGCCUGGGGUGCUCUGGGAGCAGCUGAGUUCUGCAUGCAGACAGCCAGGCAGUACACCCUGGACCGGACCCAGUUUGGUGUCCCCCUGGCAAAAAACCAACUGAUCCAAAAGAAGCUGGCCGAUAUGCUUACAGAGAUCACCAUUGGUUUAAACGCAUGCCUUCAGUUGGGCCGUCUCAAAGAUGAAGACAAAGCCACCCCUGAGAUGAUUUCCAUGCUGAAGCGGAAUUCCUGUGGGAAGGCCCUGGACAUCGCGCGGCAAGCACGGGACAUGCUGGGAGGCAACGGCAUUGCAGACGAGUACCACGUCAUUAGGCACGUCAUGAACCUGGAGGCCGUCAACACCUACGAAGGUACCCAUGAUAUCCAUGCCCUCAUCUUGGGCAGGGCCAUCACUGGACUCCAAGCUUUCACUGCUGGAAAAUGAACGCGUUUCUCUGCGAUGUGUCUUCGCCGCUCUGACAAGAGAUCACCUGUAGAGACUGUGAUGCCACAACGGUUUUUAAAAACUGAGCGUGCCUGCUGCUGCUGACCAGACUCUGAAGGAAUGUGUUUCUUCACCUCAGCUCGUUUUCAUUUUUGUAAUUUGACUUGAAAUUCCAUACCCAAGGCAGGCACUGGAGAGUUCUCAACUCCAGGCCAAAAGGUGCAGAUACAGGAGCUUGUGCUGAGGUCCAAAAAGCACGCCGUUAUGCGGAAGGGAACGGCAAUCCAGGCAGGGUACAGGAUGAGGGAGUGUCUAGCUCCAAAACUGGGAAACUUGUCUGUCGGACAAGUAGUUGUGGUAUGUAACUGCCAAGUGACCCAGCCAGAGCAAUAUCCAAACCAAUGCAGGGCUCAUCUACUGUGUAAGGAUUUUUAAACGUUCCAGGACUGAGUCUUGCUGGUAAGGUAAGAUAAAAUAAAAGCACUGAUCGCUUGCUGCUGAAAUGCAGAACUUAUCGCCUAGCUCUGCUGUGGGGCCUUGAAUCAGCGGUUGUUACAGUGCCUCGUUAUUCCUGUUUGUUAAAAGAAGCGCCAAGAAUCUUUUCUGCUGUUUGACUAAAUCUACAAAUCCGACGGAGUCUGUCCCAGCUCUAGGGCAGUUUUGCACUUUUGAAUCUCAUGUUCCCUUUUGAUUGUUUAAGGAAUAAACUGAAUUUGAUGCA